AUGAGGAUGGAGGGCAGGGAGGAGAUGCAGGGCGCCGUGGGGCUACGCUGCACCUGGGACAUUCCGCCACCCGCUGGCACCCAGGCCAAGUGGGUGAGGCUCAAUGUGGGGGGCACCGUCUUCCUCACCACCAGGCAGACCCUGUGUCGGGAGCAGAAAUCUUUCCUGUGUCGCUUGUGCCAGGGCGAGGAGCUGCAGUCGGACCGGGAUGAAACUGGUGCAUACCUAAUAGAUCGGGACCCCACUUACUUUGGACCGAUUCUGAAUUUCCUCCGUCAUGGGAAGCUGGUCUUGGAUAAAGAUAUGGCUGAAGAGGGGAUCCUUGAAGAAGCUGAGUUCUAUAACAUUGGUCCUUUGAUCCGAAUAAUCAAGGAUCGAAUGGAGGAGAAGGACUACACAGUAGCACAGGUGCCUCCUAAGCAUGUCUACCGUGUGCUGCAGUGCCAGGAAGAGGAGCUCACUCAGAUGGUUUCCACAAUGUCAGAUGGAUGGCGCUUUGAGCAGCUUGUGAACAUUGGCUCAUCCUAUAAUUAUGGGAAUGAGGAUCAGACAGAAUUCCUGUGUGUGGUCUCCAAGGAGUUGUACAACUCUCCCAAUGGUGUGGGCUCUGAGCCCAGCCACAAAGCCAAGAACACAGAGGAGGACCUGGAGGAGGAAGAGCAGGAGGUGGAGGAGGAGGCAGAGGCAGAAGCAGAAGCAGAGGAGAAAGACUGUCCAUCUAUUCGGGAUUGUGCUAAACUCUCUUCAUGUGGACCCUCCCUCCUGCUCCCUUCCGUGUCCAUCCCAGCACUGUCAUCUACCUCCCACAUUGCCCCACUCGCCAGCCUCCAGCAUCCUUCCCUCUGCUCUCUUUGUCGCUCAGGGCUCAGAGUGGUCUCUGCCCGGGGCCCUGUCUCUCUCUGCUCCUCACUUUUCCUCCUCUGCAGGUAUGUUACCUGUCUGCACUCCCAGCUCCUGCCAGCCUGAGCUCUGCAUGAGUGACUCACUUCCCUCUUGUGGGUAUGGCCCUGGUUUGUAGAGCUUGGGGAGGGGAAAGAGGGAGGUGUGAGGUUGACUCAUCCCUAAGGUGGCUUUACAUAUUCUGAUCCUAAGCGUGCCUUUACCUGCCAAGCAGAUCCUAUGCCUGUGGACCAGAGGCUCUGGCAGCAGAAAGGAGAGUGCAGCUGGGAGAGGGGUGGAAAUGAAUACAAAGCAGUCAGGGGUGGUUCGGGGAAGGGGUGGAAUUUUGCCACGUGUCUGCGUGACAUGCAUGCCAGAUCGCUUCUCCAGACUGCCGUCCGCAGCUCCUUUGCCUGCCAGCCUGGGCAGUUUGCAGAAGGCAGUCUGUUAUUUUUCCUUCCCUGGGCUUUUCCCUCGCUGGCUCUGCCAGGGUGAGAGUGCAGUAGGAAAGGUGGCAAAGGCAGAGCAGAAGCAGCUGGUCCCCACUGCAGAUGUUCUCACAGCUGUGUGCAAAAUGAGGCUCUCUGCUCUGCAUCCUGCUUAGGAAGGCUGGCUGGCCGACAUGUGUGGGGCUGGGUACGGAAAGUGUUAGAAGGAGGAUUCCUCUCCAUACUGCAAAACUGUGAGGCUCUUGUUAAACUGGAGAUGCUCAGUGUCAAUCUCUACCGGUCCUGAUGGAGGGCACUUGUUAGCUCGCUGACAUUUCUCUCUCCCUCUCUUUGAAAGCCUCCUUGUCUGUGGCUGUGGGACCUGAGUGUUAUUAUCUUAAGACUCUGUGUAUGUUAAUCACAUGGAAUUUUUCUUCCUUUCGUUCUGUUUUCCCACCCUCAUUUAUUUUCUUUUUCUUCUGUUUGUGUUUCCUCUGUCAUUUCCUCUUUUCUGUUUCUCUCUCUCCUCCAUGCUCAGUUGCUUUUUUUUUUUUUCCCUGCUACUGAUUGUGUUUCUCUUUCUCUCUCCUUCUCUAGCUGUUACAAGCCAGAAAUCUGAGGAUGUGAUCUGAACACUCCACUCCAGCCUUUUCAAUUUUUGUUUAUAUCUUUAUUUUUGUACUGCAGUGUAUGGCAGCCCCUUCUCCCACAGUGACGCCCCCAGCCCCCUUCACUCUUCACAUGCAGCCAUUUUUUUUACAAACUCACUUCGGAGGCCUGAGCUUCCAGCCCUGGAGGUGGGCAGAUGCUCCAUGGAGCCCCUGAGCUGCUGUAGGAGCGGGAGCCCGCAGCCCCCUCCUAUGCCUGGCAGUCUGGCUUUCCUUAAUGUCACAGUGGCCCCUGGUGGGGACAUCAGCGAUCAGCCACUGCAGCCUGCGGUCCCUUCCUGAGCACCCUGGAUGCAAAUGUGGGCCGAGGUGGUGGCGGCUGUGGAAGGACCAGCCCUUGCCCUUUCACUGUUGCAGGCAACUGGUGUGGGCUUGUGGCCUGGGGACAAAUGCAGAGCCACCGUCCUUUUGUGGGCCGCCUGUAUCACUCGGAGGUGUCCCUGUGCUGGGUAUCACGUUCCUUGGUGCCUCCCUCCCUGUCCCCCCAAAGCAGCUCUGUGCCAGCAGUGUGAGGAGGAGAAUGGUGUGCUGCCUGGGUACCAGGAACAUGCUGGUACCUGGUGUUGUGUCAGCCAGCACCAAGCAGAUCCCAGUUUUGGGGAGCGGGGUGUUUGCUUCACUGCUGUGUCUGAAGACUCCUGAAUAAA